AUGGCCUUCAAGAUCACCGAGCACGUUAUUGACAGUCAGUAUAUUCGAGAAUAUCCCCAUUCUACGGCAACCCAAGAUGCCCCCUUGAAACUUGCAAUCAAAAAAUAUGCCCCAAUCGACAACCCGAACCCACUUCCCGGCGAUGUCACGAUAAUUGCGGCCCACGGCACUGGGUUUGCUAAGGAACUCUACGAACCGUUGUGGGAGGACCUUCUCGCGCGAAGCAAACAAGAUGGAUAUCGCAUCCGGGCCAUUUGGAUGGCCGAUGCCGUGAACCAAGGAGCCAGUGGGAUCUUGAAUGAGGAGCACUUAGGAAAUGACCCUUCAUGGACCGAUCACGGUCGGGACCUGCUCCAUAUGAUCAAUCACUUCCGUGCCGACAUGCCUCAACCGAUCGUUGGUCUUGGACAUAGCACCGGCGGGGCCCAAUUGGUUCAUCUUUCCCUUAUCCACCCCCGUCUAUUCACCACAAUCUCGCUCCUCGAAGGGUACCUUACAGACAAGGAUGUUGGCGAACGUGGCCGUGCUCUAUUAUGGGCCACGCUGAUGAAGCCAGACGUCUGGCCCUCGCGCGAGGCCGCCAUCAAACAACUCCCGAAAUUCUUCAAACAGUGGGAUAAACGCGCACUCGCCCGCUGGAACCAAUACGCUUAUCGCGACCUCCCAACAGCCAUUCACCCCGACCUGCCUGAGAACAUCGACCCCAAGAACCCACCCGUCACACUCACCACGACCAAACACCAGGAGCUCACGAUGUACACCCGAGCGAACCCCAACCGCCACAAGGAACUCGGUCUCCCCGCAGAACUCGACAACAAUAAAGGCUACGGGCCCAGCCCUCCUCACGACCCGCUCUUCGUCCCCGACAUGCUAGGACCUCUCUACGAAAGUCAACUCAUCUACUGCGCGGAGCCUCUGCUCGCAUUCCGCCUCCUCCCUCAUGUCCGACCAUCAGUGCUCCUACUCUACGGCGAAGCAAGUGAGCUCUCUAAAUUCAAACUAGGCGAAAAAGCCGCGGUCCGCACCGGCACAGGAUUCAGCGGUAGCGGAGGCCAGGCGUAUAACCGUGUCAAACACGUCCUGUUGCCCAAGUGCGGACACAUGUUACCCAUGGAGAAGGUCCCGGAGACGGCGGGCGUUGUUGGACCCUGGAUCGGGCGGCAGUUGCAGCAGUGGAGAGAGGACCAGCGGCGUCUGGCCGAGGGGUGGGAAGGGCUGUCUGUGAAGGAGAAAUCGACGAUCGGGCCCGAGUGGAAGGCGACGUUCGUGAAGGCGAUUAAAACGCAUCCGAAGUUUAUUCAGAUGAAGCCAAACCAUAGGAAAUCGAAAUUGUAA